AUGCAUGUGUCUGAUUGUAACAUCAGUCAGUUGCAAACAUUAGAAAGAAGGCAAUUUAUACAUAACUGUUCAGCUGCGAUGAACUUGACAACUGACGCCGAGAUGUUAUCAUACGCCGGUCAGAUUGCCCUGUCCAUUUUCUACAGUCUUGUAAUCUUGAUGUCACUCACCGGUAAUGCGAUAGUGGUAUACGUCCUGAACGGCUAUCGGUUGAAACAUGGCAUUAACGUCUUUCUGAUUAACCUUGCUAUUGCCGACAUUGCCCUGACGCUGUUCUGUUCACCGUUCACGUUCAUUGAAGUCGUUCUACAGGAUUGGAUUUUCGGGGACGUCAUGUGUACAAUAGUUCAUUUCACGCAACAGGUGACUGUGAUGGUCAGUAUUUUCACUUUGGUUGCCAUAUGCGUGGAUAGAUACACUGCUGUCAUUAACCCACUCAAAGUGAAAACUGGGAAGUCGCGCAACAGGGUUGUUAUCAUCACGAUUUGGAUCAUAGCAGCAUUACUGAAUACACCAUUACUAGCAGUAACGGAAACUCUGACAGAGAUCCACCCUCUUUAUUCAGAUCAAGAUACGACAUGGUGUUUCGAGGCAUGGGAAAAACUCCACAUCGACCCCACACACUACGAAAUAGCUGUAUUUAUCAUAACGUUUGUCUUUCCGUUUGUAAUAAUUUCCGGUUUGUAUGGAAGGGUAGUAUUGGUUGUAUGGGGAUCGACUAUGCCUGGCAAUCUCUAUAAAGACCAAAAGGAUUCUCAGAGGAAAACAAAAAAGAGAACUGACCCCGAUGUUAAGCCAUUUUUUGUGGCACUGAAUCUAUCUACAUUGCCCCAAGUGGAUAUAUCUUGUGUUGAUGUUUCCACAACGCGAAAAGAAAUACGCUCAUUGCGUGAAGAAAUGUUGGCAGUAAAAGAUAAACAUCACUUUAGUGGCUAUGGGAAUGUAAUGGAUGAAGUAUUUAAACUCGGUGCAGAAAUUAGCGAAUUAAAAGAUCAUUAUAAGAAAGGUAUUGAUUUGAAGAAAAGUAGUUCAAUGAUGUAUCGCGUGUUGCCGAGCAACAAUUUGAUGAACCAUCGUCGCCAAGUUACAAAUUAUUUGCAAUCAGAUAACAUUGCUUUACUUGACCACAUACCAAAUGAAAAGUCGUAUGCAAAUACUUUAGCCAGCAAGACGGCGGUGAAUGCAGUAGCCACGGGUGGGUGA